CUUAGAGCGGACGCCCGGGUGGGCGGCGCGUGCGGGCCUCGCGCCGGAGUUGCGGGCUGAAUCGUCGGGGUUCCUUGGCAAGACAGCGGGUGGGCGCUGGCUGCUGCGGGUGACAGAGGCGCAGGAAGGGCCUCCGUGGCCCCGUUGAGAUGAGAAAAUUGAAGCACAGAUACUACCUGAACUAGAUAAUACCUUAAAUAAUAAAACUGGGUGCAACUUUGGACAGUCCACCUGUGGAAUCUACACAUACAACCACUCCAGUGCUCUGACCCUUCAAUAAGUUCCAAAGAUGAGUCGUGGAUAUUCAGAAAACAACAAUUUCCUGAACAAUAACAACCAAAUGGUACUGGACAUGAUCCUUUAUCCAUUAAUCGGAAUCCCUCAGACCAUCAACUGGGAAAGCGUUGCAAGACUUGUGCCUGGACUAACACCCAAAGAGUGUGCAAAAAGGUUUGAUGAGCUGAAGAGCAGUGGAAGCUCACCUGUGGAUAAUCAGUAUAAUCCCCUAAUGGCCACUGGCGAGAGUCCUGUUGAAACUUUAGCCACAUACAUCAAAUCUUCACUUCUUGACACACACGGAGAUUUUCAGGAGACUGCAGGUGGUCAGGAUGCAGUUUCCAAAACAGGAAGACAUAGUAUAGCUUCCACAAGGAAUUGUUCUUCAGAAAGUGAAAAUUGUACUACUCAUAAUGGUGGAGAAAAGACUGAAGAAUCUGAAGGGCCAAACAUGGUGAUUCAUGUAUGCGAUGAAGGAAAAAACUUGAAAGAAGAUUUUAUUUGCCCACGAGAUCUUUUGAUAUCAGAGAUGAAGUACUUUGCUGAAUACUUAUCUAUGGAUGCUCAGCGCUGGGAAGAGGUGGACAUUUCAGUUCACUGUGACGUUCACAUUUUCAACUGGUUGAUAAAAUAUGUUAAAAGGAACACUAAGGAGAAUAAAGACUGUGAGAUGCCCACUUUAGAGCCUGGAAAUGUCAUUUCAAUUCUUAUUUCUUCAGAGUUUUUAAAAAUGGAUUCACUAGUAGAGCAGUGUAUUGAGUACUGCCACAGAAAUAUGAACGCUAUAGUAGCUACACCAUGCAACAUGAACUGUAUUAAUGCUAAUCUUCUUACGCGAAUAGCUGAUCUCUUCACACAUAAUGAAGUUGAUGAUUUAAAAGACAAAAAAGAUAAGUUUAGGAGUAAACUUUUUUGUAAGAAGAUAGAGAGACUGUUUGAUCCUGAAGAUAAGACUUGGGAUAUUCAUGAGUAUUUGAAUAGUCUUUUUGAAGAAUUAAAAUCUUGGAGAGAUGUAUAUUGGAGGUUAUGGGGAACAAUCAACUGGCUGACCUGUUCCAGAUGUUUUCAGGCUUUUCUCUGUAUUGAAUUUUCACAUUGCCAAUACCACUCAGAAACAGUAGUUUAUCCUACUGCUGCGAGUUCACCAAGUGCUGCUGGCACUGGAAUCUACCCUUGCUGUAACCAAAAAGUGCUUCGGUUUGAUCCUACUCAGCUUACCAAGGGCUGUAAAGUGAGAGACCACACCGUUGCUCUUCGUGAUCAAGGUGAAGGAAGGGAUUUGCCGUCCUGUGCAGCUGCUAGGACGCUGGUUGAUCUGCAGAAACACAAAGAUGUCAUUGUUGUGCCUUUUUCUAAAGAUACAGUUAGUGACCCUGUGGUUGGUUCCUGUGAUGAGCAGGGGCUAGAAUGUGAUGUUUUACUGGAGCCGCACACACCAUGGGGCCCCAAAACUGGGGAGCUCAAUGCUUUCUUAUCUCUGAAAAACUGGACCCUGCAACUAAAACAACAGUCACUAUUUUCUGAAGAAGAAGAAUAUACUACUGGAUCUGAAGUCACUGAAGAUGAAGUUGGUGAUGAGGAAGAAGUAUCCAAAAAACAAAGGAAAAAGGAGAAGCCAAAGAAGUUCACAAAGCAACCAAAAAAGCAGAUGUCUUCACCCUGUGCUCAAAAGAAAGAAAAGCCAUCAGAGAAGUCAGCUUCUAGAGAUGUGUCUCCUUUCGUUGUGAGUAUGCAGAAGAAUAAGUGGGAUGCCACGAGAUCCUUGAGGUUCAACCAGGAUGCACAAAGAGAAGAUGAUCAGCGACGGAUGUCUGAAAUUACAGGGCAUCUAAUAAAAAUGAGGUUGGGUGAUUUGGACCGAGUCAAGUCAAAAGAAGCAAAAGAAUUUGCAGGAGGUAUUUAUUCCAGGCUUGAAGCACAAAUCAAAGCCUCUGUGCCAGUUAGUACACGACAAAGCAACUCGGAGAAAAACACAAGGUCUAAAAGUCGUUUUGGUCAAGGGCGUCCUGGAUAAAGCAACUUAAAAUAUGAAGACAGAAGGUACUUCUGGACAUCUGAAAUCACUCCCUUCCUCAAGACCUUCAGAAUGAUGACUUGUAGAUGUUUUAUUUAUUAUUCUUAUAAGAUAUAAUCAUAAAGCUGAAAAUGCAUAUAGUUAGGUUUUAUGAAAAUCUAACUGUAAAUAUGAAACCUUUUAAAUCUAAUUUUUAGAAUGAGUCUAAGCUAUGUAGAAAACAAUUAUUUACAAAUUUUGCAUAGUUAGAAUUCCUUAUUUGUUCUUUAUUUGAAAGAAAAGUUUAAGUUGUUACAUUGCUAGGUUCUUUUAAGACAUUAAAAAAAUUAGGCAUACACAGCUGGUUGUGUCCCUGUACAUGGGCACUGACUGCGCUGCCUCGUGGGCUGGAGAUCUUGGGUAGAGCCCUGAGAACGGCCGCUGGUAUGAGGACAUUGCCUGUGGAGUUAGAACUAAGUUUGCAUGAAUGUUACGGAGUGCAAGAUCUCAAGACUGCAUUAAAUAAGUGUCUAGGUGUGAGUUGUUUCAAUACUGUGUUAGGCGGAACUUUUUCAGCCUUAUUCUGUGGAAAAUACAGUGUUAAUCCAACUUUAUUUCUUUCAGUUUUGAUGCUAUCUAUCGGUCAUCAGAGCUGGAACUACUGAGCAUUACCUCUUCCCUCUGUGAAGCUAGUGCCAUUAUAGGUUUGCUGAAGUAAGCGCUGGUGGAUUUAGCACAGUCAAUCUCUCCAGUUGUAGGGGCCACUCGCCGCACCAUUGUUAGUGCACCAUCCAUAUGUAUAGCCAUUUAUUUACAUAGACCUUCAAAACACUUCCAAUUGCUAGUUACUUCAACAGUGUCUAAAAAAUGCAUACAUGUGAUGGGUGAAAACUUUCAUAUAUUCAAGAAAAAUCAAAUUUAAAUUUAAAUUCUAUUUUAUAGAUCAUGUUUUACUUUUUCUAACCAGGCAGAAUGCUCAGGGAAAAAUUGUUCCAAACCGUAAGCAUAUUAUAAAUUAUGUGUUUGGAAGUUACUUAGAUAAAGAUCUCUGAAUAACUUCAAGAUGCACUGUUUCCUCUUGUCUUCAUUGGCCUUGUCCUUUAAAUGUGUUCCGACUUCUUCAGAGGACAGGCCAAAGCCAUGUGACCAGCAGCCAUCUUUUGAAAAGCUCAAGCAUCGCCCUUCAUUUGCACAUUCAGAGCUCACUGUUUUUAGUUUGUUUUAGUUGAUAUUUGAACUAGCUGUUGAUUUGCUGUUUUAUGUGUGGUUUUGCCAAAGUUUAUGUUUGGAAAUUUUGUUCCAAUAUAUAUUUGUUUCAUUUGUUUAAUACUUCGGGAAUAGAUUAUACCAUAUUUAUUUUCAAAAGCAGGUGUUUUAUGGUUCGUUAUAUGUAACCCCGUUAAAUACCAGUGUCUUGUGGUGGUGUAAGAUACUCUGAUGAAAGCAUUUGGGUUUAAACACGUAAGCAGUACUGUGGUGACGGCAGUUAGAGAAGAAAAAUACCAUAAGUUUUUUAAACUUAUGGUAAAAGGCAAAUUGCUUCUCCUCUGGAGGGACUGUACUACUGAACUGAUUUUCAAAACCAGAAUUUAAGUCUUUUUAGAGUUUGGGUUUUGUUUGUUCAUGUCUCUCUGUAAUACAUGGCACAUGUACCACCAACAUUUUACUCAAAUUCUUAACAUUUAUUUUGCCAAAUGCUUUAAGGUUUUACCUUACAUUAAUUCUGAAUUCACACUUCUUGGAUUGAAAUAAAUGUU